AUGGCGUGGCGAGUGACUGUGCCCGAGCUACAGGACCAGCUGCAGUGUCCCAUUUGCCUGGAGGUCUUCAAGGAGCCCCUGAUGCUACAAUGCGGUCAUUCCUACUGCAAAGACUGCCUGGAUUCCUUGUCCCAACACCUGGACUCCGAGCUGCGCUGUCCCGUGUGUCGUCAGUGGGUAGACUGCAGCAGUUCCCCGCCUAAUGUUUCCUUGGCGCGGGUGAUCGAUGCCCUGAGGCUCCCGGGAGACACGGAACCCACCGUCUGCGUACAUCACCGAAACCCUCUCAGCCUCUUUUGCGAGAAAGACCAGGAGUUCAUCUGUGGUCUCUGCGGCUUGCUGGGCUCCCACCAACACCACCGAGUCACACCUGUCUCCACUGUCUACAGUCGCAUGAAGGAAGAACUUGCAGGCCGCUUAUCUGAGCUGAAGGAGGAACGGAGGAAAGUGGAGGAGCACAUUGGCAAAUUGGUGAACAACAGGACCCGGAUUAUCAACGAGUCCGAUGUCUUCAGCUGGGUGAUCCGCAGAGAGUUCCAGGAGUUGCAUCACCUGGUGGAUGAAGAGAAAGCCCGCUGCCUGGAGGGGGUAGAGGGUCACACGCGUGGCCUGGUGGCCUCCCUGGACAUGCAGCUGGAGCAGGCUCAGGGUGCCCAGGAGCGACUGACCCAGGCCGAGCAGGUGCUGGAGCAGUUCGGUAACGAGAGUCACCAUGAGUUCAUCCGGAAGUUCCACUCCAUGGCCUCCAGGUAA